CACAAUUCUGUGUAUUUUAUUUUCAGGCUAGGAGUAUCGUGAUAUUUGGCACGUGCAAGCGUUUACAUUUCUUUGAAAUUUAUUCUCUUCUUUUGCUCGAAUAUGGUUCGCAAAAAAAGAACAAGAAAGCCUCUUGACAAUGAAGAAGCCAAUGAUAUGGAAGAUGAUAUCGAAGACAUGGACAUAGAUGCUGUGACAGACUCGGAAGAAGAAUAUACAGAAACUGAGAAAAAACUGCUAGAAAAAGUACGAAAACAACGCACCAUUGAAAAUUUUGAUAGUGAUGAUGAAGUUUACGGAUUACAAGAUGAGAAAGAGGAAGAGGAGGAAGAAGAUGAUCAGCAAGAUUCAAUGGAGUCUGACAUUGAAGAACUACAAGAGGAUUAUGAUAUGCCAAAUGACAGAGCUUGGGGCAAUAAAUCAAGAACUUUUUAUUCAUCAGACUUCAAAUAUACAGAUUAUGCAGUAGCACCUCAAAAGGAUUUAAUUAAUGCUGAUAUGGAAGAAGAAGAAGGAAAAAGGCUUCAUUUGAGAUCAAUGGAACAAUAUUUAGAUCUUGAUAGUGUAAAUAUCAAUGAAGUUAUACAAACCACAAAAGAUAGGAAAAGCGAUCAAAAAGAUAAUAAACAAGUGUCUGAUAAAGAAUCUUUUAUAUUUAUGGUCAAUAAUUUUAAAGAUUGCAUGACAGAAGCAAAAGAUAUUUUGGCACCUUUUCUCAAACUGGUUGAAAAUGGAACAUGCCCUGAUUGUAACGCUGUAGCUUUAGUUAGAACUAAAUAUCAUGUUUUAUUAAAUUAUUGUAUCAAUGUCUCUUUUUUCUUGAUGCUGAAAGCCAAAGAUUUGCCAGUAAAAAUGCAUCCAGUUACAAAGCGUCUGAUACAGUAUCAUAAACUUCUCGACCAAUUACAAUCAAAACAGGGAAACUUGUUAGAACAAAUAGCAGAAAUACUUCAUGCAGUUAAAGAGGGUAAACCUCUUUAUUGCAUAUCAGAUGGUUCUCAGAUACAAACUCAUAAAAACAUUUCAAAACAAACCAGUUUAAUAAAAAAUAUAUCACGACAAAAAGAACAAGAAAAACAAGAACAAUUAUUAUUGGAUAGUAUGGAAGAAACAGAUCUAGAUGAAGAAAAGUCAUAUGAUGACAAAGCUAUAGACGAUGGAAAGGAUAAUGCCACAAAUGUAGAUCUUAUGAACGAAGAGGAAGGAAAGAGAGCAAUAACUUAUCAAAUGGCAAAGAACAGAGGUCUUACACCUUAUCGUAAAAAGGAAUUACGAAAUCCUCGAGUGAAACACAAAAAUAAAUAUCGUAAAGCCCUGAUUCGCAGAAAAGGCGCGAUAAAAGAGGUGAGAAAGGAGUUGACACGCUAUGAAGGAGAGAUUUCUGGUAUCAAAGCUGGUGCAAAAAGGGGCAUUAAAUUAAAAUAUUAAUUAUAAAAUUCCAAUUGUAUAUAAUAUCAAUGGAAAUAUAAUUUUUAAUGAUAAUAAU